UAAAUAUCAACAUUGAUUUGCAAUUGAAGACCAUCAUGGACUUAUCACUUUGAUUCAGACAAACUUUUUUACGAAAUGGGUAACGCUGGAAGCACAGGCGCCCCGCGAGAGAGGCAACAUAAGCUCAGCGAGGUUAUACCGUGUUCCCCCAUAAAGGAAGGACAAGCUUUUGUGUUCGACAAGAAACCGGAAGGUAAAGUGCAGUUCCAAAGUCUGCAAGAAGAGGAAGUGCCCUAUUUCACCAAACCCAUAACUGCACGUGAACAACCUAGGCCCAGAUCUAACACAGUUUCAGAAGGUACCCAACCCUCCACGUCCAGGGCCACGCACACCCCCACUGUGUUCCGAUGGGAAGGCGGCGGGAAGAACGUCUACAUCAGCGGCUCCUUCUCCAACUGGCAGACCAUCCCUAUGGUGAAGAGUUAUGGGGAUUUCGUGGCCAUCGUGGAUCUUCCGGAAGUACUGAAAUGGGAGAAUAUCAAAAUUAAGAUUGAACAUGUAUUCCAAGCAUUAGCCAAAGACAGCGAGAAUAUCAAAGACGACUCCCAGAAAGAAUUCGGUCAAGAAAUACCAGCAAAUAAGCCCUGGGAGAAAACCAGCGGACCGCCUAUUCUACCUCCACACCUUCUACAAGUUAUUCUCAAUAAAGAUACGCCCUUAUCGUGUGAGCCUACUCUUCUUCCAGAACCAAUCCAUGUAAUGCUCAAUCACCUCUAUGCUCUUUCUAUCAAAGAUGGGGUAAUGGUGUUGAGCGCAACCCACAGGUAUCGCAAGAAAUAUGUAACUACGUUGCUUUAUAAACCAAUUUAACGCUAUCAUCAUAUUUUUAUGUAGUAUUAUUUCUGUAGAUAGGUUUGUUUUUGUGAGCUGUGUAUAUAUAGAUAAAGCUAAUUAACUGUAGUAUUAAUUUUAUUAUUAGUAUUUGGGAGAACGAGGUGACGCGAAAUCUAUACGAUAAACAAACCCUAUUUGUGAAGCUAACUUAUGAAUGAAUCUGGUAUAAACAUAAUUGAGUAUUAAAAGUUUUCACAUAUAAAUAA